UAUUUAUCCUUGUCCUUUUUCCACUUUGUUCGUUCGUAUUUUGUGUUUAUUCUUUCAUUCCUUCUAGGAAAUAUAGAUGAGAGGCAGUGCUAAAACUUGUAAUGUUUCAUAUAUUGUUGAUAAAAUGUAAAUAAACUAAAUUUCAUCUCAACUUUUCUUGAAAAAAACAUUACUUCUUCCCAAACAUAACCUCAAAGUCGACCAAAACAAACACUUAAUUUCACCGAAAUGGCGACAAAAUUCGAUGCGGCAGCUUACAACUUCCGCAAGAAAUGUCCUUACAUCAGCAAGAACCUUCUCCGCUGGUUCCCGGGGCACAUGAACAAGGGUCUGAAGCAGAUAGACCGCACGCUGAAGUCUGUAGACUGUGUGAUUGAGGUACACGACGCGCGGAUCCCCUUCACGGGAAGGAAUCCUGUCUUCAGCAGCAGCGUGACCAGCGCCAAGCCGCACAUCCUCGUCCUCAACAAGAAGGACCUCACCAUCCCCUCCCUCAUCCCAAAAAUCAAGGACCAGCUACGCGAAGAACACAACUUACAAAACGUCAUAUACACCAACUGCAAAGACCAGCACUGCAGAGGCAUUAAGUCUAUAAAACCCAUAAUGAUAGACUUGAUAAAGAGCUCCAACAGGUUCAACAGAAGCGAGGAGGAUGACUUCAAUGUGAUGAUCAUUGGGGUGCCGAACGUGGGUAAAUCGUCUCUGAUCAACAUGCUGCGGUCAACCAACAUGCGCGGGGCGCACUCGCUACAGACGGGUGCUGUGGCUGGCGUCACGCGCAGCAUGCACAUGAAGAUGAAGAUCAAUCAUGACCCCAAGAUCUUUAUGUUUGAUACUCCAGGCAUCCUCGAACCGACAGUCUCGGACAUGGAGAUGGGGCUGAAGCUGGCGCUGUGUGCCUCGCUGCAGGACCACCUCGUGGGCGAGGAGGCCAUCGCCGACUACCUGCUGUACUGGCUCAACAAGCACGGGAAGUUCAAAUAUGUCGUCUACAUGGGGUUGGAGGAGCCCACUGAUGAUAUUAAUGAGGUACUAAUAGCGGGCGCGCGCAAGUUCAACCGCAUCCGUCGCGUCCGGGACUACGACGGGACGGUCCGGGACGUGCCGGACUUCCUGGAGUCGGCCCGGACCAUGAUCCGCGCCUUCCGGACCGGCGAGCUCGGCCGGGCGCUCCUGGAUAUAGACCUGCUCCGGUUCAAGGAUAGGGCCAAAGAGAGCGUCCAAGGAUAAUGUUGGAGUUGGAAAAUUAGGAUAGUUGACUUGUAAAUAUAGCUUAGUUUGUAACGUUGUUAAGUUUUAGGUUUAUGAGAUUAAUAGAUGGAUGAGAAUUUUACUGAG